GGCGGACCAGCUGUCACGACGCGCGAAAGAUCAAAACUUUCAAUUCGUCUGUGUGGAAGGCGGGAGGAAGAGGAAGAGGAGCCGCUCCGGGGAAAAAAACACACUUUCUAAAUGCGCGUUAAGCCGCUGAAAUAACCUCUUCUCCCGCAGACAUCCCGCUCCCGACGGCCGCUGUUGGUGUCGAGCUCCGUGGACGCGUUGUCUCUUCCGGCUUCUUGUAUUUGGAGAGCGUGAAACUAGCCGCAGGACAAAGAUGAGCACGGUCGUUUCUCAGCAGCAGGCUGUGGGGCUUCCAGCGGUGGCCCGAACAGCUGCAGAGAGUGAUUCAGACAGCGGGGUGGGCUCUCCGGCAGAGGAGAUGGCCAAGGAGACGAUCAACAAUGGAGAGAAGCCUCCAGAUUCUGAUGAUGAUGAAGACAUCACUGCUCACAGGAAGCCUCGUUGUAACGCCAUCAGAGACAGUGACAGCGAGGAGGAGGAGGCGGCUGCAGAGAGCAGUGUCCACAUGACUGAAGCACUGGUGUUGUCUGCUUCCAGCGGAGAGGACAUGGAGACCGAUGAGAGGAGAGAAAAGGUGGCACAGAAGAGCAGGAGAAUAAGCCGAGCACCCGUUGAUAGUGAAGACAGCGAGUCUGAGCAAGGAAGAACGGAGGAGCGACAGGAGGAGGUGAAGAAGGAAGCAAAAUCCCAGAAGAGGGAGAAGAGCCAGAGGCAUCGGGAGAAAAAGGAGAAACGAAGCAAAGCAGUGGAAAAACUAAAAAAGAAGGAGAGGUUCUCUGAAAUGAAUGAGGACGCACCUCUCCCUCGGCCUCUGAAUGACAGCGGGUGUCUGCUGGGCGACACAGACCUGUUUGACACUGGUCUGGAUGAUGAUGAGGAGAUGGAGGAAGAGUCUCUGGAGGCCAUCCGAGCCGCAGUCAAACACAAGAUGAAAAAACACAAGGAGCCUCUCCUGAAUGAAGAGGAUGAUGAAGAGGCACCAGAGAAACCUCAGCGUGUGGAGAGAAAAGCUGCACGAGCGAGUAAAGAGGCCAUGAAACAACUCCACAGUGAAACUCAGAGGCUGGUCCGGGAGUCCAUGUCUGGCCUGCCCUACCACAUCCCCCAGCCCAAGACCAUCGACCAGUUCUACAAGAAGAAAGCCAGGCCAGAGGGUCCUGCCAUGGCGUUGCUGAAAUCUACAAAGUAUUCCGUCAUGAUGUCGGAGACGCCACCAGCUCCUCCUGCACCCCCUGUAAACCCACCCACCAACCCCCAGCAAUCAUCCGCCGAGCAGGACUCUUCUCCUUCUCUGGACCACUCAUGCACUCAGAUCCAGCCCGUGUCUCAUCCCGACGCCACCUCGUCCCCGCAGCGGGAGAGCCACAGCCAGGCCGGAGAAGCAACCGCAAGCCUCGACUCCAACCAGGAAUCUGGCCCGAUGCUUUACCUCUCGGAGAGUCUGCAGGAAUCGGCAGAUGGAGUAGAGAAAUCUGUUUCUGACUCGGGGGAAGAAACCGCUGGUGUACCCACAGAUCAAAGCCAGACUGCAGUAAUGCCUGACUCUGAAACCCUGCAAGUACAGCCUGUAACUGGGGUUGUACCUGUAGCCGGGAGUUCUAAUUCAGCUGCACAGGAACCUUUAAUGCAACAACACACUAAGCCCAAGAAGGACAAAUUUGCCAGACUGAAGGAGCUGGGACUGGACCCCCCACCUAUUGCUAAACUGUGUCCAGAUGAUGGAGCCUUUAUUGAGCUUGAGGCUCCACAGCUCAACCCCGGUGUGGUGGCCCUUAAGGAGCGUUACCUUCGUCAUGUCCAGCCUCCCGUUAGGCCCCAAGGGGAGCGCACGAUGCAACUCAACAUCAUCCGCAAAGACAGCACCCCGUCUGGGCAGGAGGAGUUGCACACGGAGUCGCUCGCUGUCACUGUAAAGGAGGGAGCUGAUGAACCAGUGCCCACCAAACCUGGGGAGAAGCUGCUGACCCUGAAGCAGCGUCUGCAACUCGCCAUGGCCCAGCGGAGAAAAGAGGAGAGGGCACGCAAGGCCGAGCUGAAUCGCCUUGACAAUGAGGAGUGUGGAGAGGAAGAGGAGGAGGAAGAGCUGACAGAUGAGUCAGACGAAGAGGGUGUGGAGGACUUACUGGGAGGUGACGAUGGGGAGGAAGAGGAGAAGGACGAGGAGGAAGGCAGUGUAGCUCAGAGUAUCAGGAGCUCUUCUCCUGUGGCACUGACUCGGCCCUCGCGGACUCCUGACCUUGUUCACACAGAUGGAACACUCAUGCUGUUCCCCGGCAACUCCUGCUCUCGCACUGGUGAUGGUCUCAGACAGUCUGGUCCUUCUGGACAGGACAGCGGUAAUAAGAUGGAAGAUGAUGACUCUCUGUCACUGGUGAAGGACAACAGCCACAACAGCAGCUUUGAACUCGCAGGCUCGAUGAUCACCUCUUACCAGCCGGUCAAUUAUCAGCGCUCCACAGGAAGAUGUGUCCCCUCCAUUUUCCGCUCCCCUUCCCCCUGCCUCUUCAGACCCAGCUUCCUCGGCUCUGCUUCUAAGAGUUCUGGCAAACUCUCUGAGCCCUCUCUCUGCCUCCCGGUCGAGGACUCCCAAGACCUCUAUGCCCCUCCAUCCCCAGGUACCGACUCGGGGCCCAUGGGUGGAGCAGCUUCUGUCACCGGCCUGGGAGGAGACUCCCAAGGCCGCUUCUCCUUGGAGGACGACGGUCACUCCCAGUUGCUUGACGCAGACGGCUUCCUUAACGUGGGGCCUCGCCCCGGUGCCCCUCGCUCCCACAAGAGACAGUUGAUCCUUGGCAGUAUGGAUGAAAACGCAAUGGAUGCCAACAUGGGGGAGCUGUUAGGGUUUUGCUCGGGGGUUUUUGCAACGGCAAAAGGAGGCUCCGGUCCGGACGGAGGCCUCGGAUCAACACAGGAGGACGAGCUGCUUGGGUUGUGCUCAGGAGCGUUUCCACCAACGCAGACGGGAACAGAGAGGCAGAUGGAAAGAGACAAGAAUAAUGAGCGAGGACGGGAUGAAGAAUCUGACAACACCAUGGACCAGCUCCUGGGGCUGUGCUCUGGAAAAUUCCCUAGUCCAGGUUGUGCUCACAUGACUUCACCAGCAAAAGACAGUGAAAAGGGGCAAGAGGAGGAAGAGCAGCAGGAGGAGGAGGAGGAAGAUGAGGACUGUGAAUUCCGGCUUCUGUCAGAUGUAGAAAGUGAACAGGAGAAUGAGGACGGAGGAGAAGAGAAAGAUGAUGUUGCUGAAGAGGAAGGUUACAACGAUGUAGAAGAGGAAGAGAUGCAAGGUGUGUUUGCACCCAACCGGGUCAAGAAGAGGAAGAAAAUGCGUAUGAACGACUACCUGGAAUCGGAGGCCGAGCUGUCGGGCAGCGACGCGGGUAGCGAUGACGAAGACGGUGACCGAGGCAGCGAAUACGAGGAAGAGGCGCUUCUCGAGGACCUUCCGUCUGAUGAAGAGCUGCAGGACCAGGUCAACAAGAUCCACAUGAAGCAGAUAAUGGACGAUGACAAGCGCCGUCUGAGGCUCUACCAGGAGCGCUACCUGGCUGACGGCGACCUGCACUCCGAUGGUCCGGGACGAGCUCGACGCUUCCGCUGGAAAAACAUCGAUGAUGGUUUCAACCUGGACAGCAUGGGAGCAGAGGGUGAGGGCGAGGAGGACGAAGAUGAAGACGUCGACCCAAGUGAGGUCCAAAGGAGGAAAGAGAGACUGGAGAGAGAACAGUGGCUCAGAGAACAAUCCGAACAAAAAGCCAAGAAAGGGGACGAUGUGGAUGCAGACGCAGACGAUGAAAGGAUCGGAGACGAAGACAGUCAUUUUAUGAAGGUGGCCAAGAAACUGACGGCCAAGACCCUGCAGAGAAAAGAGCCCCCUGUGGCCCCUCAGCCUGAGAAGAAGACGACCCCUGCAGCUCUCAAUCCCUUCCAGAGACCCUCACAGGCUCUGCAGGUAAAGAGAGGCUCACUUCUGAGUCAGCCUCACUCCGUCCUCCAGAAACUGGCCUCGAUCUCGGAGGGGAAUCCGCUGGCGCCCAGGAACACCCGUGGCUUUCUGUUUCAGACGCUCUCUCCUGAGAAGGACAACAAGAACUCGAAUGUCCCUCAGAAACAGGCGAUGAAGAAGAGGGGGCAGGCGGAGGCGACGAACCCGGCAGCAAAACGGAUCUGCAGAGAGAACAAACCUGCAGGACAGACGAAAGGCCCCCAGAGGAGCAUCUUCACCUACCUGGACCACUGAGUUUGCAAGAACACCAAGUGUGACUGAUGAUGAUGAUGAUGAUUAUUAUUAUUAUUAUUAUUAUUAUUAUUAUUAUUAUUGGUAAGAACCAGAACUUUACCAGCCACGUCCAGUGUUUCCACAGCCAACGAAGGAUGUGGCGAGAUUAUGGCUGAGGACGGGCGGAGGCAUCAGACAUCUUCACAUCUGUGUGUCUGAAGCUACACAGAUGUAGACGGUCAAGUGUGUGUUUACAUUGCUUCAGGAUGGCAAACGAAAGAGCAGCAGUGAGGGAUCCUCUCUGUGUUUUGCUUGGUGAGCUGAAUAUUAAUAAAUUAAAUGCGUAAUGCCAUCAGCACCAUUCGUCCGUCACAUCUCAUCCACUUGAUCUGGGCUGCGUUUACGUUUGUCCAUUUAAAAUGGGUUUUUUAUCGUGUAAAUAGGAUUGAUUAGUUUUUUAAUAAAUAGGGAUGUUUUUACUUUUGUAUGAUGAUUUUGUAUGUAUUUGUUUUACAGUGUAAAUAAAAGUGUAUUUUAAGACA